UCCAUAAUCGUCAUAACUCCACAGCCACUCAUUUUCAAUUGAGUUUAUACUUCUUGAUAUACGAACCACCCCGUGUUCACCUAGACACCUCCCGGUCUCCCGGAUAAACGUAAACACCCCCAAGCAUGUAGGAACAAAGAGUGUCUUAAAAUAAAGGAAUUAAAAGACCAAGGAAAUGAAUCUCCACCGCUCUCCGCUACCAAUUAAUCCCCUCCACUCCCUUCGCAGACUCACGUCUCACAGACCCUUUUCAACCCCCCCAGCAGCUCCUCCUCCCCCAAAAGCCACUCCUUCCCGCCUUCGCACCCGUCUCCAAACAUUCAACAACCGUCUGCCCCGCUUCCUCAGGUCAUAUACAACCCCACUCUUCAAUGCGCCCGUAACACACAUAACUUCAUUUCUAAUCCUACACGAGAUCACUGCCAUAGUCCCACUUCUGGGACUAACAGGCGCAUUCCAUUACUGGGGGUGGAUUCCGGUAUUGGGGGAUGGAACGGUCGAUGAGGGUGUGAAGAAGUUUGGGAGGUGGUUGAAGAAGAAGGGGUGGGUUGGAGGGGAGGCGGAAGUGCAGGCAGGAGCAGUGGCGGAGGCGGAGAUGGGUAUGCGGACAGCAAAAAGUACUUCGGGUGGAAAUACAGAUACGGAUAAAGGGGUGCGGUUGAUACUGGAGUUCGCGACUGCGUAUGCUAUUACAAAGGCGAUGUUGCCUGUCAGGAUUGUGCUUAGUGUUUGGGCUACACCAUGGUUUGCGCGGGGUGUGCUUGGGCCUGUGGGGAGGGCGGUUGGGAAGGUGUUUGGCAGGAAGGCUUAGAUCUGUAUAGUAUCUUCUAUUUUUUGGACUUGAUUUUGGCUGUGGCACGACAUAUACAAAAUGCGAAAGGCACGUUGUGAAAUAUCAACAAAUAGUAAGAUUGAUCCCCGGCAGAUCUUGAAAUUCGUCUAAACUAUUAUUUACUUUCUCGUUGUGUCAUUAACUUAUCAUAAUAGGGAGGGUUGUGCGAC